CCAGGCGCGGCCGGAAUGAACGGCGGAGCGUCCCGGACACUGGCCGCAAGCGUGUGCUCUCCACCUUCUGCUAUCAGGCUGACAGAUCAGCUGAAAUUUGAAGCGGUACCGCAGGAAUGACAGAGAACAGCAACAUCGCCGGCAUCUGGGACAAGCCCUCUUCCCCUUACUACCAUCAGGGAGAAGCAACAAGAACCUGAAGCCCCACAACCGACAGUUCCUUCCCCUCCGCCACCAGAUUUCUAAACGGGCCACAAACCCAUGAAUUUUUGUGCUAAUUGCUGAUAUUGUAAUUUGUAGCAAUGUUUGUAUCGCGCCAUCCUGCUGCUGCAAAACAUCAAAUUUCAGGACCCUGUGUCAGUGACGAUUGAUCCCUGCCGACCUGCCAUUGGCUGUUUUGGCGUGACGUCACAUUUUGGCGCCAUUUUUCUGCGGCGCGGGUGUUUCAGAACAGUAGCUUCACUCUGCCGCUCACCAUUGGAUAGUUUUGUAUGAUGUCACUUUGGCGCCAUGUUCCUGCCGCGCCAGGGGGCGGUUCGGUGGUUCACCAUUGGCUAACUUGAUGUGAUGUCACAUUGGCGCCAGUUCCGCGCGGUGCAGGGACUGGUGACAUUGUUUAGCGGACGGAAUGGGUCGGUUGAUCAACUCCAUCGUCGCCGUUUGCCCUAACAUGGGCAUAGGGAACAAGGGCAACUUCCCGUGGCACCCGGUCCGGCUGAGCAAAGAGUUCAGGCAUUUCCAGAAGAUGACAUCCACCCCUUCAGUAGAAGGAAAGUGCAACGCUGUUAUUAUGGGACGAAAAACCUGGUUCUCAAUUCCAGAGAGAAAUAGGCCACUUAAAAACAGGAUCAAUAUUGUGCUCAGCAGAGAACUUAAGGAACUGCCCGAUGGAGCACAUUACCUGGCACAUGACUUAGACUCUGCCCUAGAUCUGCUGGACUCCUCAGAUCUGCAGGAAAAAGUGGAUCUAGUCUGGAUAAUCGGGGGCAGCGCUCUCUAUAAGGAGGCCUUGGAAAGCCCGGCUUCACACCGGCUAUUUGUGACUCGUAUUCUUCAAGUCUUUGAAAGUGAUACAUUCAUGCCUGAGAUAAACUUGAAUAAGUUCAAGCUGCUUCCUGAGUUCCCUGAUGUACCUACAGGCAUUCAAGAGGAGAAAGGGAUCCAGUUCAAAUACGAAGUGUAUGAAAGAAUCAUCUCUGCGUAGUGGAAAGGAAAUCCAUUCAGAUGUGCAGAUGAAUGGUUGGCAUUUCAAAAGUAGCUUAAGUUUUAAUUUUUAUGGAAAUUAUUAAGAAUGAGUAAAAUUCUCUAAGCAUCUUGAAGAACAGGAACAUUAUUUUUGGAGACAGGAAGCAUCAUUUGAUUUCCUCCAGCAUUUCCAACUUGGACAUCAGGAUUGACCAGCAAUGCGACAGAACCAGCCUCGUGGAUUUUACAGCCGUAUCGAGGGACAACUGACCCUUCAUUUCUCUGUCGAGUUUCCUCACCAUCUGCAGAGAAUCUCCUCAGAAGAGGAGUACAAUGGGGUCACAUCUAUAUGUGUCUGGAUCCCCAGCAACAUGAGCUUGGUGCCAAGUGAGAAAGAGUAACCUGUCCCACCGUCCUCCAGAGCUCUAACUGCUGAUAGGAGCACUUCCACUGCAGUCCACACACCAGCCCGAGCGGGAAUAUGCCCAAGUUCUCCCAUUGCCGCAAGAUCAGAGUCACGGCAGUUGUGGCUGAAUAGCUUCGUUAGAGUUCUGAUGACAAUGUGCCCAAGAUCCGCCAUUACCACUGGGUCAGUCACGCACACAGGAUUGAACAGCUUCGUUAGAGUUCUUAUGGAACUGCUCUCCCGAUGCCACAAGAUCAGAUUCAAGCUGGCAUGAGUUGAGUUCUGGACCAGGUUGACUGCAGCAUUUCAAGAAGGCAAGUUGCCAUCCUCGUUGGGUUAAAGGAAUUACUAAUAAAUCCUGUUCAUGCCCUUGGCGUCCUUGUGUCAGGAAUUUUGUUUUAUUCUCUUACAGUGGAAAUCUGUGUCUUGUUGUUGAUGUGAAAAUAGAGGUGAUUUCCCUGACUAUUUUUCCUUUCAAAUGAAGUUCCUAUGGUUGGAUAUACGAUAACUUGGCUCUCUGGCCAGAGCUGUUUUCAGAGACAGCUCCUCACAGCCAGCAGUGAGUUAGUGAGCGUGACCAAUUGCAUCAGGCAAGGUCAGAUAAUUGAACAGCAAUUGCUCACAUAUAUCUAACUAUAAGUGACAUUUGAGUCUGUUUGACUCAC